AUGUACAUGAUGAAUACUGUCUCGUACUUGUAUGGUAUCAUGAAUAUUGGAAAGUAUGCAUAUUGGCAUCCAAUCAUUUUAUGGAUUCUAUUAUUACUCUAUUUAUUCAAUCCAUUCAAAAUAUUGAACUUUGAAUUUAGAUAUUGGUUUUUGAAAUGUGUGUUGAGAAUGUUAGCCUCACCUUUCACUGCUGUUCGAUUUAGUGACUUUUUCAUUGCAGAUCAAUUAACAAGUUUAGGAGAUGUUUUAUUUGAAUUACAAUUCAUUGCAUGUAUUUAUCCAGCAACCAGUCAAUCGAAUGUAAUGAAAUUAUUUUGUGAUUCUACGAAAUCGAUUGGAAUUCCAAUUCUCAAUUACAUUCCUUAUCAUUGUAGAUUUAUGCAAUGUUUGAGAAAGUAUUAUGAUACUCGUCAGAAAAUGCAUCUUUUAAAUGCAUUGAAAUAUGCAUCGAGUUGUAUCGUUGUCAUUGUUGCAUUUAUCGACAAGUUAAUGAUGAUGACUCGAGGAACGCAUGAUUCUUAUUGGACUUUUUUAAGAAUUGUUUGGCUCAUUGGUAACAUGUGUUCGACCUGUUUGAAAUUGUAUUGGGAUUUGAAAAUUGAUAUGGGUCUCUUUGAAAAUGGAGUUUCCUUGUUGUCAUGGCCAUGGUCAUCUUCGUCAUCUUCUUCUUUUCAUUUAUUUCUGAGAAGAAAAUUAAUCUUCUCUCCACUCUAUUAUUAUUUGGCCAUGAUUGGAAAUAUUAUAUUGAGAUGGGCAUGGUUACCAUUUGUAUUUGUAAAGGCUUUUGUAUUCAUUGAACCAAGUACUCUUGAAUGGAUUCUCUACAUGUUCAUUACUUUGGAAUUAUUGAGAAGAUUUGUUUGGAAUAUCUUUCGAGUGGAACAUGAGAAUUUGGCAAAUAUUGAAAAUUAUAGAGCAACCAAAGACAUUCCACUUCCCUUUGAUACCACCACGACCAGUAAUCGAAUUGAACAAGUACAAUCCAAGAAGAAUUUUUAUAUGGAUUUGAAAAAGACCUCUCAUGACAAAGCCUCUUCAUGGGCUCGUAAGGUAAUGGAAAUGGCCAAGUCCAUGCUUUUAUGUUUUGGUCGAGGUGAUGCUGUGGAUGAUGAAGAUAUUUGGAUCAUUGACGAAGAAGAAUUAGAGAGAUUGAGAAGAGAGAAUGCCAAGAGACCAAAUUUGAAAAUUCAGUUAACGUUACCGUUUGAUCUCGAAACGUUGCGUCGAGAAUUUGGUGUGGUGCCUCACUCUCGAGAGCAGACCACCUCAGACCACCUGGUGACGAGUAGUAAUCAGAUCCAUACGGAUUCGAACCAGAGUAGUGUUGGUGUUGUUGGUGUUGCUGGUUCUGGUGCUAGUGCUGCCAAUACUACAGAAGAACCACUAAGGGUUGGUAAGGAUCAUCGCCCUUACUCGCUCACAGAAAAUUCAAUGAUCACACCAUAG